GUUUCCCUCUUUUUGAGGGAAUUUUUCUUCAUAAGCAUAUUCAGUACAUAUUACGCAGCCUACUGUGCUGCAUGUAAAUUACGGUAAAGCAAUUUUUUAAACUAAAGUGACAAGUAUUUCAAUAUUAAACCUAUUUUAAAUUUAUCUUCAGGUGUAGUUUUAGGAUUUUAAAUAUGUAUUUACCAUACACACAACUGCCCGACCCAACGGAUAAGUUUGAGAUCUAUGAAGAAAUUGCUCAAGGUGUCAACGCAAAAGUAUUUAGAGCAAAAGAGUUGGAUAAUGAACGAAUGGUAGCUUUGAAAAUUCAACACUAUGAUGAGGAACACCAAAUAUCAAUCGAAGAAGAGUACCGCACAUUACGUGACCACUGCAACCAUCCCAAUCUUCCCGAGUUUUAUGGCGUCUACAAGCUUGAAAAGCCAAAUGCACCUGAUGAGAUAUGGUUCGUCAUGGAGUAUUGCAGUGGAGGUACAGCCGUUGACAUGGUGAACAAAUUAGUAAAAUUAGAACGUCGCAUGCGUGAAGAACAUAUUGCCUAUAUUAUACGCGAGACAUGUCGAGGAGCUAUUGAACUAAAUAGAAAUCACGUUAUACAUAGGGAUAUAAGAGGUGAUAAUAUACUUCUUACUAAAGAUGGGCGCGUGAAACUAUGUGAUUUCGGUUUGUCACGUGAAGUGGAUUCGACUUUUGGAAAACGUGGCACGUGCAUAGGAUCACCUUGUUGGAUGGCUCCGGAAGUUGUAACUGCAAUGAGUGCAAAGGACCCCGAGAUUACCUCUCGAGCAGACGUAUGGGCACUAGGCAUAACAACAAUUGAAUUAGCUGAUGGUCAACCACCUUUUGCUGAUAUGCACCCAACCCGUGUUAUGUUUCAAAUAGUACGAAAUCCACCGCCGACUCUAUUACGGCCAACUAAUUGGUCACAACAAAUUAAUGAUUUCGUAUCGGAGUGUUUGGAGAAAAAUGUAGAGAAUCGUCCAAUGAUGGUUGAAAUGAUUGAACAUCCAUUUCUUAACGAAUUAUUCGACAAUGAAGAAGAAAUGCAGGCAGACCUUCGCGAACUAUUAGUUUUUUGUAGAGAUGCUCCAGCUAUAUACAAGGACCCCGAAAUAUUUGUUGACAGAGGUUAUAUAAAACGGUUCGACGGAAAACCGGAGCGUAUGUACCCGGAAGAUUUGGCUGCUAUUGAAAAUGCGACAGACGAAAUGAUUUUAGAAUCACUUCGUAACCGGAUGGAGCUCGGUGGAUCUUAUAGCUUUAUCGGCGAUGUUUUACUAUCAUUAAAUUCCAACGAUUUGCAAACUGACUUCGACGACGAGUUCCACAGUAAAUAUAAGUUUAAGUCGCGUUCGCAAAAUUCUCCUCAUAUUUUUGCCGUUGCUGAUAUUGCGUAUCAAGAUAUGCUACAUCACAAAGAACCGCAACACGUUGUAUUUUCCGGGGAGAGCUUUUCCGGUAAAUCGACUAACAUUCGCCUACUAAUAAAUCAUUUAUGUUACUUGGGAUCUGGUAAUAGAGGGGCUACCUCAAGAGUGGAAAACUCAAUCGAAGCAAUUCAAAUGCUGGUCAAUGCGGGUACACCUAUUAACAAUGAGUCCACACGUUGUGUGCUGCAGUACUUCCUGACCUUUGGUCAGACGGGGAAACUCAGUGGUGCUAUAUUUAAUAUGUAUAUGUUAGAGAAGCUUCGAGUUUCCACUACUGAUAUGAACCAGCACAACUUUCAUAUCUUCUACUAUUUCUAUGAUUUUAUGAACAGUGAAGGUAUACUAAAAGAGUAUAAUUUAAAAAGUGAACGUGGUUAUCGUUACCUGCGCAUUCCAGCAGAAGCACAACCCACUAAAUUGAAAUACCAUCGCGAUGACCCUAUAAAUAAUGUUGAACACUAUAAGCGUUUCGAGAGCAUAUUGCAAGAUCUUGACUUUAAUCACAAACAACUAGAAACGUUGCGCAAGGUUCUUGCUGCUAUUUUAAAUAUUGGCAACAUUCGAUUCCGAACUUCUGGUAAAUACGCUGAAGUAGAAAAUACCGAAAUGGUUACACGCAUAGCAGAGUUAUUGCGCGUAGACGAGAAAAAGUACAUGUGGUCAUUAACCAAUUUUAUUAUGGUCAAAGGCGGCAUAGCAGAGAGGCGACAAUACAGUACUGAAGAAGCUCGUGAUGCUAGGGAUGCUGUGGCAUCGACAAUAUAUUGUCGGCUCGUCGAUUGGAUAAUUAAUAAGAUAAAUAUGAAUUUAUCAUUUCCCCGCGCUGUCUUUGGGGACACUAACGCCGUCGUUGUGCAUGAUAUGUUCGGAUUUGAAUGUUUUCAUAGAAACGGUUUGGAUCAGCUGAUGAUAAAUACUUUGAAUGAGCAAAUGCAAUACCACUAUAAUCAACGAAUUUUUGUAAACGAGAUGCUCGAAAUGGAAGCAGAUGAUAUACCAACGGACAAUUUGAAUUUCUAUGACAAUAAGACAGCUCUUGAUAAUUUAUUGACUAAACCAGAUGGACUCUUUUACAUAAUUGACGAUGCUUCUCGCACCAGUCAAGAUCAAGAUCUUAUUAUGGAUCGUGUAGUGGAAAAGCAUAGUCAAUUCGUUAAGAAACACACAGCUACCGAAAUAUCAGUCGCACACUACACCGGACGAAUAAUAUAUGACACACGCGCCUUCACAGAUAUAAAUCGUGACUUUGUACCUCCGGAGAUGAUCGAAUCCUUUAGAUCGUCGAUGGAUGAAAAUAUAAUGAUGAUGUUUACGAAUCAACUAACAAAAGCAGGCAAUUUGACAAUGCCAUUUGAAAGUGUACAACAUAAACCAGAAGAUUCUCAGAGGAAAUCAUAUCCGCUAAAUACUUUAUCAGCAGGCUGUAUUUCCCAAGUGAACAAUCUGAGAACUUUGGCCGCAAACUUUCGCUUUACUUGUUUAACUCUACUCAAGACUUUGACUCUUAGUAGUAAUCUGGGUGUACACUUUGUUCGUUGCAUUAGGGCGGAUUUGGAAUACAAACCACGAGCGUUUCACAGUGACAUGGUUCAGCAACAAAUGAAGGCUCUUGGGGUGCUGGACACAGUUGUCGGCCGGCAACGAGGCUACUCUUGUCGUAUCACAUUUCAAGAGUUUCUUAGACGUUAUCAAUUUUUAGCAUUUGAUUUUGACGAAACUGUGGAUAUUACUAAAGAGAAUUGUCGUCUCUUGAUGAUCCGUUUAAAAAUGGAAGGCUGGGCUAUUGGAAAAACUAAAGUAUUUCUCCGAUAUUAUAAUGACGAGUUUCUGGCAAGAUUGUACGAAAUCCAAGUGAAAAAAGUUAUAAAAGUUCAGUCGAUGAUGAGAGCGUUGCUGGCACGAAAACGUAUGAAAGGGGGCAAGGAUCCCAAAAAAGCAAAAGGAACCACGCGCAAUGAUGAGGCAGCCACUAAAAUACAAAAAGCUUUUCGUGGAUACCAUGAAAGACAACGUUUUCAGCCCUUGGUUAAUGAGAAAACUGGUCAAUUGAAUGAAGAAACGGCGGUAUUUAUACGAGUGUAUGCUAAAAAAUGGCGCGAAAAAUCUCUGUUUCAAGUUUUGCUGCAUUAUCGUGCGGCAAGAUUUCAGGAUUUCGUUAAUUUAGCACAGCAGGUCCACAUUUAUAAUCAAAGAUUUUUCGCUGGAAUAAAUAAAUGUACACGUAAUGUACCUUUUGAUCGGAUAAAUACGCGUGAAGUAAAUUCUUCUCAACUGGGGCCAUUGCCUAUACCGACAAAGAAGUUACCAUUUCGUUUGGAUCAAAUUCCUUUCUAUGAUACCCAUUAUAUGGUUAAUGCAGCUAAUUCAAUAUCUAGACAAAAUUUCUCAAAUACUUUAAUCAGUCAUGAUGACGAAGAGGAUUGGGAUAGUCCACUACAGCGAAAUCCUUCGAUGACUUCAUGUUUGCUAACUUACAAUGCGUAUAAAAAAGAACAAGCUUGUCAGACGAAUUGGGAUCGGAUUGGAGAGAGUGAUGUAAUCUACAACCAAAGUUAUUAUCGAGACCCACAGCUUGUAAAAAGGAAUCAAGUUCAAAUGAAUAUGAAUGCGUACAACAACUACAAUCAAUACAACAAUAAUUACAACAAUGUAUCUUCAAAUAUAUGGAGUAAUCGAACAGGUUCACGACGAAAUUCCUUAAAGUCAUAUUCGGCACCACCACCCCCGCCAAUGCCGCCCGCAAACAUGAUGUACCGCAAUGAUCCCGUACAGGCACGUGCAAUACAGCAAAACUCAAACCAAUUGAAUCGAAUGAAUCAAAAUUACCAACAACGCUCCUCAUUUGUACCUUCAGACCCUGUACGAGAAUUAAAGGACAUAGUGCGUCGUUCCAAUGAUGAGGAUAGUUCUGAAGACCCACCAUUUAAUUUCAAGGCAAUGCUUCGUAAAACAAAUUAUUCUCGUCCUGAUUCCACUGUUUAUGAAUUUAAUAGUCAGAUGCCAAAUAAUAAUAACGAAAACAUAAGCUUCCAACCAUCAAAACUCCGCGCCACUGGUCGUCGCCCCGAAGAUUUUAAUAAUCAAAAGUUUAAUCCAAAUGAUCAGCAAAAGUUUGAAAACCGAGCACCAUCCCUAAAGCAGACCGUUGUAGGAAAAAGUUUCGACAACACGGAUGCCAAGUCAUUUGAAGAAGCUGGUUCAUAUGUUGAGGAGGAGAUUGCACCAGGUGUUACAUUAUCUGGAUACGCUGUAGAUAUUUAAUACUUUGUUUUAGACAUUUUUUCUAGGAAUUAAGACAAUUUCCUGCAAUAUUGUGGUAGCCGGGAAAAUCUUCGCCAUAUUAAUAAAAUAAAUAAACAUAAUAACUUUGUAA